CACUCACUCUCACUCAGUCCAGAGUGGGAAUGCUGAGACAGACGCACGGGUUAUUUUUGGGUCAGUGACAGUGUGUCAAUGGCCGCAGAUGCAUCGCAAAGGAAGGCUCUGAGUUACCAACGGACCCUGCUGUAUGGGGAGUACAGUGAACACCCCGGAGGGUCCUGUCGACGAGAGGCUGGUCACCUGUUCACAGAGAAACAGGUGAAGAAAAACCAUCACCAUCAUCAUCAUCAUCAUGGACACCAUCGGCACAGUCACAGACACCGAAGCCGACGUCAUGGGGAACCACAUGCAGGAGAUGAUGGCAAAGAAUCCGAGGAGAGGCACACAUCCUCCAUGAAGAAAGACCCCCACUACUCCAAAUAUAAAGACUGUGUGGCUCGUGUACAGGAGUUUCUAGUAACUAAACUGGGAGAAGACUGGAUCUUUCUAGUGCUCCUGGGUUUCUCCAUGGCAUUAGUCAGCUGGACCAUGGACUAUGCCAGUGCCAAGAGCCUCCAAGCUUAUAAAUGGAUGUAUGGAAAGCUGAUGGGAAAUGUCCCGCUGCAGUAUUUGGUUUGGGUCGCCUAUCCAAUGGCGCUCAUCUUGUUCGCCUCCUUCUUCUGCAACCUGGUUGCUCCACAAGCCAUCGGUUCUGGUAUCCCUGAGAUGAAAACUAUCCUUAGAGGAGUUGUGUUGAAAGAGUACCUCACAGUUAAAGCCUUUGCAGCAAAAGCAGUUGGCCUUACUGCUGGACUAGGAAGCGGAAUGCCAGUAGGCAAAGAGGGCCCUUUCGUACACAUAGCCAGCAUUUGUGCCGCUGUGCUCAGAAGGAUUAUGGCCUUUUUCUUUGGGGUCUAUCGGAGCCCAUAUUGCUACACAGAUAUUCUGACAGUCGGUUGUGCUGUGGGGGUAGGCUGCUGUUUUGGCACCCCACUUGGAGGAGUGUUGUUCAGCAUUGAGGUUACGUCGACUUUCUUUGCAGUGAGGAACUAUUGGAGGGGGUACUUUGCUGCCACGUUUAGUGCCUUCAUAUUCAGGGUGCUUUCCGUAUUCAAUAAAGAUGCAGUCACCAUCACUGCUCUGUUCCGCACCAAGUUCCGCAUGGACUUCCCCUUUGACCUGCAGGAGCUGCCAGCAUUCGCCAUCAUUGGCAUUUUCUGUGGUUUUUUCGGAGCUUUAUUCGUCUACUUGAACCGGCAGGUUGUCCUGUUCAUGAGAAGACCCAACGCCUUUACACGGUUUCUUACCAAACACCGUCUAAUUUUUCCAGCCGUUGUAACAUUUGUGAUUGCGACGCUGACAUUCCCUCCAGGUUUUGGACAAUUCAUGGCAGGAGAGCUAAUGCCCAGAGAAGCUAUAAACUCUCUGUUUGAUAACUUCACCUGGACCAAAAUAAAAGGUGCUCCUGCUCCACCUGGUCUGGGACGAUCUUCAGCCUGGCUUCAUCCGGAUGUCAGUGUGUUUAUCGUACUACUCAUCUUCUUCGUCAUGAAGUUAUGGAUGUCGGCCGUUUCAACAACAAUGCCCAUUCCCUCUGGAGCAUUCAUGCCUGUGUUUGUACUUGGUGCAUCAUUUGGUCGCCUAAUAGGAGAGAUCAUGGCUACCUUAUUUCCUCAUGGCAUCCUGUUUGAUGGCAUCCUCUACCGGAUCAUUCCUGGAGGGUAUGCUGUCAUUGGUGCAGCAGCGAUGACAGGGGCUGUCACUCAUACAGUCUCUACUGCUGUGAUUUGUUUUGAGCUGACUGGUCAGAUCUCUCACAUUCUGCCCAUGAUGGUAGCAGUUAUCCUGGCGAAUAUGGUAGCACAAGGACUUCAACCCUCACUCUAUGACUCCAUCAUCCAGGUCAAGAAAUUGCCCUACCUCCCAGAGCUAGGUUUCGGACAUAUCAGUCAAUAUAACAUCUUUGUUGAAGACAUCAUGGUGAGAAAAGUGAAAUAUCUGUGCUCACAGUCCACGUACAGAGAAGUGGUACAUUUACUAAACUCCACAUCUCUCAACAAUUUCCCUCUGGUGGACUCAAAAGAAUCUAUGAUCCUUUUGGGAAGUAUUGAGCGGUCUGAGCUUCUUGCUCUUUGUGACUGGUGGCUAUCAGCAGAGCGACGGAUCCUGACACAGAAAGAGGGUUUGCAAGGCCAAGGGCUAUAUGCCAGCUGGGAAUCCAUUGCCUUUGUAGAUGAAGAAGGAGAAGAGAGUGGUGGUGAAAAGAACGCACCAAUGCUGGAAGAAAGGAACGGCCCUUUACCUUCACCCAAACAGCCAGAGCCAACCACCAAUCCUCGUACCCCUCCUGCUAAAGGUCCUUUCCAGUCUUUCAGGAGAACUUUACACAACCUUUUCUCGUCCUCUUCAGAAAGACAAGCAGAAGAGCCUUCAAAGGAGCCAACUCCUCCACCCCUCACUGAUACAAUGACACCAGAAGAGGUUAAAGCAUGGGAGGAAUCAGAGACAGAUAAGCCACUGGAACUUGAGAGGGUGAAGAUAGAUCCAUCUCCUUUUCAGCUGGUGGAGAGAACGUCACUACACAAGACCCAUACAUUGUUCUCCUUACUGGGCCUCAGUCAUGCCUACGUAACCAGCAUAGGCAAGUUAGUGGGAGUUGUAGCACUGAAAGAGCUUCAGAAAGCCAUCGAAGGCUCGACGCGGAGCGGUGUCCGCUUGCGCCCCCCUCUAGCCAGCUUCCGUGACACCAUCCGUAAGUACUCCAAGCCGACCCAGACCCCUUCAGCUCCAGCAUCCCCAAAGUCCACCUCCGCCCCUGAAUCCUUCCAACUUUCAUCCCAAGAGGUUCCCCCAGCUCCUCUAGCCCCUGUCCGACAGCAGGAGGAGGCGGAAGUGUGGAUCGAAGGAGUAACGCGGGAGAUAGUGGUAACCAGCAGUAGCUCUACGACAACAAGCAGCAAUGAAAGCAGCAGCCCUCAGACAGCAAGAAGUAUCAGCGAGGCAGGAAGUCCCAACGGCAGCCCAUCUCAAACUCCUUCAUCUCAUCCAACUAUAUUGCUCUCAUCCCUGGGACCUGUCCCUGAGGAGAAAAGAGAUGCUGAUAAAGAAAGUGAUGACGAUGAACCCCUUUAAGUUUAUAAUCUGUUCAUUUUACCCUUAUUUUAUUUUUAUAAUCUGUUUUUUUUAUGUUGUGUCAUGUGCGAUAUUGGAUAUGAAUUUUAGCUAGUCGUAAUCUGACGUGUCUGUGUUGAAAGUAGAUUUUGGUAAGCAGUUAAGCUAAACAUUUUGUUAGCAAAUGUUGAUUUUCUGUUUUUUCGUGUUGUAUGUUUUCUUUUUAAGUAAGAAGCUUCAUAUGAAAAUCAUCUGUAGAGCCAUAUAAAUCCACUCCAUUGAAUCAAAUUAACGUCAUUUGGUCAAAAAAGAAACAUCAAAAUAUGUAAAUAUCUAAUGGACAGUACUUAAUAACAUAAUAACAAUGUAGUACACAGCAAUGUCCUUUUAGUUCCAGCAGGGCUGGUGUCCACCUGUGUCCCCCUCUGGCUGGUUUUUAAGACAGUUUCAGGACACUAUACAUAAGCACCUCCUCCAUAGAGCCAUCCAGUAUUCUGCCUCAUUAGACCUACCUUAUAAGUAGUAAAAUCCAGGUUAUCAUUUCCAACAUUGGUGAAUUUAUCAACUGGAAAAAAACACCCUGUAUGCCUCAAUAUUUUUUAGGAAAAGCUAGCCAGCUAACUGUAAUGAGUGAUGUUUAUUUACCUCCUCAAACAGCUUUAAUUAAGCAGUUAUUGAUUUAACAAGUGAAUAUAUCUGUAUCUGAAGCUCGUUAAAAGAUACAAAGUGCUACUCUGUUUACUUUGGAUGCUUUGUGCAGCCAUGUUGAUUUGACCUCAAUCCAUAAAACUGAGAAGGAACUUGUAAUGGAUGAGUAGGAACUUCAUGUCUCAUGGGUGUUUUAUAUGGCUGUUUCUGGCUGGAUGCCAUUCUAGCCCUGCUUGCUGCCCCUUAAGAGAUCUUUGUCAUAAUUUAGCUAGUCAACGUUGUUUAAGUGUUGUGUGGUUCAUUUUUUCAGUUUAUCUUAAACCUGCAGUGUGCUUAACUACUUCAGCUGCAGACCAGGAAUUUUACCGACUCAUAAAAAUGUUAUGGCCAAGAGUGUCUUGGACACCUGACCCUCACAGCCAUAUUCCUCAAAACGUUGCCACAAUUGUUUCUACACAUUUUUUAAUAUUCUGUAGCAUUACAAUUUCCUCCAACCCUGUUCCCGCUUGGCAAUGGAGCUGUGCAUAAAGCACACAGACCUCCAUGAAGACAUGGUGUAGAGGUUAAGGUUGGAGUAGAAGAACUGGAGUGUCCUGCACAGAGCCCUGACUCUGACUCAACCCCACUGAACACCUUUGGGAUGAACUGGAACACUGACUGAACCCCAGACCUCCUCAACAUCAGUGUCUGAUCUCACUAAUGCUCUUGUAGCUGAAUGAUCACUAAUCCCCCACAGACACAAUCCAACAUCUAGUGGAAAGAGAAACCUUCACAGAAGAGAAGAGUGGAGUAAAAUGGCACAGGGGGAAUAAAUCUGGAGAUGUUCAACAAGUUGUCACAUAUACAUUACUGCACACUGAAAUGCUUUCUUCACAUAUCCCAUCCUUGGAGGUUGUGGUCAGAGCACAGGGUCAGCCAUGAUGCAGCACCCCUGGAGCAGGGUGGGUUGUGGGCUUUGCCCAAUGGCUCAACAGUGGCAACUUGGCGGUGCUGGGGCUUGAACCCCGAUCUUCUGUUCAAGACCAAGAGCCUUAACCACUUGAGCCACCACCACACAGAAGAAUGAAAAUAUGAGUGUGAUGUUCAGGUGUCUGUUAAAACCAAUGCACAGAAUAGACUUUAUCUGGAUGUUUUCCUGUGCACAUAUUAAUCUAAGCCAUCCAGAUCGAAUUGUUGACAAUUUUCCCCUUCAAAAAAAAAAAAAAAGAACCCCAAUCGUUAUCUCACAUCCCGAUUUCUACUUCUCUCAGGUUGCUCUAAUGUCUUUAAAACGAACGAUUCUUGGUAUACACGAUCAAUAUGUACUAUAUAUGCUGAUCCUUUCUGUUCACUUUAUGGUACAUAUUACCCGAAGGAUCACGUCAGGUGUCAGUUGGAGAAAAUCACAAGCACUUAGUUGUUAUUUUACAAAUCCUGAUAUACAUUCUACCUUUAUUUAUUUCUCUCUUGCUCAUUCGGUCUGAAUAGAACUUGUAUGUUUAGUAUUAUUUAGGCAGGUUUAGUAGUAUUAGGAACAGCUUUACUAGGUUUAUUUUCAGUAGAAGAAAUGAAUAGAAUGUGAUGUAACAGAUUCCCAUUCCAAUGAAUUAUGUAUACGGUAAACGUUUGUUGGGGGAAACUAAUAAUUAUGCAAU